AUGGAAGCAGAAGCAAGUUUCUCUACUAUUUCUCCACCAGUGUUCGAUGGAGAUAAUUACCAGAUAUGGGCAGUACGCAUGGAGACAUACUUGGAUGCUUUGGAUCUUUGGGAAGCACUCGAUGUUGAUUACGAAAUUCCUGUACUUCCUGCAAAUCCUACCAUGGCUCAGAUCAAAGUACAUAAGGAGAAGAAGACGAAGAAGUCAAAGGCUAAAGCUUGUUUGUUUGCUGCAGUUUCAGCCACUAUAUUUUCUCGAAUCAUGUCUCUUCAGACGACAAAGGAGAUCUGGGAUUAUCUCAAGUCAGAAUAUGAAGGAGAUGAAAGAAUUCGUGGAAUGCAGGUGUUGAAUCUAAUUCGUGAUUUUGAGAUGCAGAAAAUGAAGAAAACAGAGACCAUCAAGGAGUAUGCUGACAGACUUCUUGGGAUAGCAAAUCGAGUUCGAUUACUAGGUUCUUCAUUGACAGACUCAAGAAUUGUUGAGAAAAUUCUUGUAACUCUGCCCGAAAGGUUUGAGGCUACCAUCACUACUUUCGAAAAUACGAAGGAUCUGACCAAAAUUACACUGGCAGAACUCUUGAAUGCCUUACAAGCACAAGAACAGAGGCGUGCAAUGAGGCGAGAGGGAGAAAUUGAAGGAGCUUUACCAGCCAGGCAUAAUGAUGUUGGCAAUUUCAGAAAAUAG